AUGGCGGCCACCGAUUCAGAAAGUAUACAUGAUAAUAUGACAAGACUUCGUAUGCGUAUGGUACAACAGAAACUUGCAAAUGAAAGAGACAAAUUGCAACACAGGCCUUCCAGUGUUUCAAGUAGUGACGAUAAUGUAGACCAGCUGAAGAUUCAGCAGGCUAUGCUAAGGAGACAGGAGCUUAUAGACAGAAUACGCCAAGAACAAUUGUCCGAUUUGAACCGUCCAAGGUCGCACGUCGAGCGACGUCGCUACACACCAGAUCCCCUUCCACCCCCUCCGUCACGACUUUCAUUACCAGAUCUACAUAGGCAUUGCCACUACCGUCACACUUCCAACAACCGAGCACCCAUCGGAACCGAUAUGUCUCAAGUCAAGCAUGUGAUUGAACACAAGUACCGUCAGCCUGAACUUCCAGCUGUUCACACAUACCAGUUACCGCCAAUAGCCACCCCCCCAGCAAUCAUUCAGCCCGCUAUGCAGCCCGGCUACGCAGCCAUGGCUUCCCCUUCCCCUAUCAUUACCACUGUCCCACAAUUCCAGACGCUAGAUCUGGUAGCUCCACGGAAAGAAGAAAAGAGCACCUUCUUUAACAAGGGAGAAUUCAUGGAUAUGAUGAUGAUGCAAAAUGCCCAAAUGCAUCACAUGGCGAUGCAGCAGAUGAUGGUGCGGAAUCUCCAGGGGUCAGCACCCGCACAGUUAGCCACGCCCGUAGCUGCUGCACCCGUAAUGCCUGCUGCUCCAGUCUAUCCAAGACCAGUGUACCACCAUCACUAUGGCGGCAUGGCGGCACCAGCGGCGCCAAUGAUGUACCACCACCAGUCAAUGCCAAAUUACGAUAUGUCGGGUGGUUUUUAUCCUUUUCAUCACCUGCCAGGAUUAAGGGGAAGGUCAAGGUUCAGAAGGAAAUACGACGGAGAGUUUCCACCCAAUUCCAAGAAAACUCCUGAUGCUGCCAUCCAGGGAAUUCGGCGCCUCCGUCAUAUUGCGUAUUGUGCUUGGUUUAUAGCCUGUCUAAAAGCUUCUGUCAAGAAGAAUAAAGGCAGUAGACCUAGUAGCGUGUUCUUGUUCGGGAUUAUUUUGAAAGAAAUAGUGGCAGCCCUUCAUCGGUUAUAUCUCAAUCCAACUGGCAAUAUAUAUCCUGUGAUGGGUGACAUCAUAGGACCUAAUGCAAAAGACCUUUCAUCACUGGUGGGUGGACGGAAUAUCACACGAGACCAGGCUCAGCUGCUUCAAGUACUUGCCUAUGUUGUGGAAAACCUCAUCUACCAUAUCACAGAGAUCAUGCCAAGGUCAGGUGUGUUGGGGACCCAUCGAAAAGCAGCAGUAUUUGAACUUAUCAAGAAUGGCCAACGCUUUCCUGAUGGGUACUUCUGGCAAGUGGAAUUGGACCGCCUCCAGUUCAAUGGUUCAGGCAGGACAACAAAUAUCGGACAACAGGAGGCAUAUCUGCUGUUGCUUGGGAUCUUCGUCUCCAGGAGUCUAAUCACAACUCUGCUGCUGAAGCCAAUAGACUACGGUCUUUCUACGGAACCCCUGAGUGAUAUCCAUCAGCGGAACCUCAAGGUUCUGUCCACUGUGUUGCUGUAUGUAGUUCGCAAAGCCUCAGGACCAAAAGGACAACCAACAAUGCCUAUCCCAGGGGAGGUGGUCAAGUAUGUGUUCAGGGACGAUGAGAUGAGAGGUAUCCACCUAUCUCUAAGGAAGACAUAUGAAUAUUGUGAGAACCUGCUACGUGAGUGGGGUGCUGAGUACAUCAAGAGACUAAGGGAGGCUGCUGCUAGUGAUCCUCGAGGAGAGAAGCUAACAACGAAAAAAUAAUAUUUGAUGAUGAACUGCUGGGAGAACUUCAGAAGAACAUGUGAACCUUUCAUGAGGCAGCAAUCAACUUAUGUUCAAAUUUCAAGUUUCGAGGAACAUAUUUGAAACUGUUUAUCAUCAAACUCUUGAACUGUUUAUCAGGAAGCACAGAUUUCCUGUAUAGGUAUCACCCUUGAGCAACACUGGAUGCGGAAUACUUUCCCCACGGUAGCAAUCCUUCAUUAUCCAGACCGCAAGUGAUAAUCCAAUGGAAGAACAAUAGAAGUUAGGGAUCAUGAACAUAUUGGGGGAUUUGUUCGAGACAUGGGAGUCCAAUCUUCACUGCAAAAUACACCCCACAAACUCAUGAUCCCUAAUCAAAUAGUUCAAAUUAGUGGAUAUAACCUAACCAAGAACACAUUAUGUAUACUCCACAUGGUAUUUAUCUGACCACAGUUAAAUGUUACAUUAUUACAUGUGUAUCUGGUAAAUAUAUGAAAGUGAUAGAUUACUGUGAUAUACUACCAAAACUGGACGGGUUAUGUUAAAUAUGUUUAAUAAUGUGUAAACAUGGAUUCACAAAGUGUAGA